AUGUCAAACAUAAAGGAGAAAUAUGCUGACUUUCUGGUGGAUGGCGCCCAGGCAGUGUCGCUAACCUUUGUAUCCGAUAUGAGCGAAGUGGCUUUAGCGCAAAGGCAUCAUCCCGAAUACGUCUACCAGCACUUUGGAGAGAACGAAACAAUAUUUGGUUACAAAGAUCUAAACGUUGUUAUACAUUAUACCGACGCAUCUAUGUAUAUCUACCCAGAGAUUAGUUAUACAGCCGACAUAACAUCGUUCACUGCGGAGUUCAAAGCUGAUAAUAUAAUUCAAAAAUUAAGCGAACAGCUACCAGCUGAACAGAUGGAAAUGUUAUGCCAGACAAGUGCCAUUUUCAAAUCUCGUUUGGAUGAUCAGAGAAAAUUUUUACCUUAUGGACAGCUUCUUUCCAAAUUUAUCGUUAGUAGUCGAGAGCUGCAGGUCUGGAUGAUAAACGAAAGUUCACCUGAAUUCGAUGCAUAUUUAGCUCGGGUUCAGACUCUUGCCUUAUGGUACAUUGAAGCUGCACAAUACACAGAUAAUAGUGAUCCACGAUGGCAGCAUUAUUUCUUGUAUGAAUCAUUUAAAAGAGAUGACGGUACUUCCCGUGUUGCACUUGCAGGCUAUGCAUCACUUGUUAGGUUUUAUAAUUAUCCAGAUAAAAUUCGACCUAGGAUUGCGCAGAUUUUACUGUUGCCACAUUAUCACGGCGCUGGUAUUGGUGCUAGAUUUUUGAAAGCAAUAUAUAAUGACUUAAUCCAAGAUCCGAAGGUUACAGACAUUACAGCGGAAGUUCCUGCAGAAUCUUUUAUAACAACUCGAGAUUAUGUAAACUGCUCUAACUGCUCAACUUUGAAGGAAUUCCAUGCAGAUAAUCUUAAAAAGGGCUUCACCGAAGAGAUGAGAAACGCUGCCUUAUUACGGUUUAAAAUAAAUCCAAAACAGGCACGACGCGUGUAUGAAAUACUACGUCUGCAUCAUAUCGGUGUCCGAGAUGAAGAAGCUAUGGAAGAAUACCGGUUGGAUGUAAAGAAAAGACUUGAAAAACCUUUUAAACGAAGCGAGCGUGACUGGAGGAAGCUAUCAAGUGUUUUGGAUGAAUAUGAAUAUUCAGCGGUUGUGGCCAGUCAGAUGAGUAUGGAGCAGAAAAUCGCCAAACUGGAACAGCUUUAUGAAGAAGAACUAGCCGCUUAUCGAACUGUCAUAAGACGAUUGAUCAAUUUUGCUAAUGGUUAA